AAGGCUGAGAGCACUGUGGAUUCCUGAUAUCAGCUUGUUUCCCUGUUUUCCACUUGUGUCUGUGCGAUGAGGACCCAGCUGACUCUUCACGUUUCCACUCCUGUGAGGCACAGCCUCACUCUGACCAAAGUGGCCGGGACCCCCAUUUAUCUCAAGCUGGAUUCAUCUCAGCCAACAGGAUCCUUUAAGAUCAGGGGCAUCGGUCACCUCUGCAAAACUUGGGCAGAGAGAGGAUGUGAGCGAUUUGUCUGCUGUUCAGGAGGAAAUGCUGGCAUGGCUGCUGCUUAUUCUGCACGCCAGCUCGGUGUACCUGCAAUCAUAGUGGUCCCGAGUGUCACCCCAAACCGAACAGUGGAGAGGCUGAAGGACGAGGGAGCAAACGUCAUCAUUCAUGGCAAGUCUCUGAAUGAUAGUAUUGAACACGGCCAGCAGCUCGUAGCAAACAACCCAGGCUGGAUAUUCGUCUCUCCCUUUGAUGACCCGCUCAUAUGGGAGGGCCACACAUCUCUGGUGAAGGAGCUGGAGUGUGACCUUAAAGAGAAGCCUGGAGCCAUUGUGCUGUCGGUGGGAGGCGGAGGUUUGCUCAACGGAGUGGUGGAGGGACUCCGUCGCGCCGGCUGGUCUGAUGUGCCCAUCGUAGCCAUGGAAACCGUGGGAGCACACAGCCUCAAUGCAGCCGUGAAAGCUGGGGAGCUUGUCACUUUACCAGCCAUAACAAGUGUGGCAACCACUCUGGGCCUGGUGAGGGUUUCUGCGCAGACCUUCAAACUGGUGAACGAGCACAUGGUUUUUUCUGAAGUUGUCACUGACCAGGAGGCGGUGGAAGCUGUUGAACGCUUUGUGGAUGAUGAGAAGAUCCUGGUGGAGCCUGCCUGCGGAGCCGCUCUGGCAGCUGUGUACAGCAACAUUAUCAAAAGGCUGCAGGGUGAGGGCAAGCUGGCACCACGGCUGGGUCCGGUGGUUGUUGUUGUGUGUGGCGGCAACAACAUCAGCAUGGAGCAGCUCCAGCAGCUAAAGAAGCAGCUUGGCAUCGUCUAGUGGCACUUGGGCCCUCUUGACCUUUUCUUUCUUUCUCU